AUGUCUCAGAAUAGCAAUGCCUAUCAGUCUGAGCAAAGCAAGCUUGCUGAGCGUUUGCGCCCUCUAGCAGAUGAAGUCCUCAGAACUCUCAAAGAAGAGUACGUUACGUGGCUUCAGGAGGUCGAAAAGAUCGAGGUCGGGGAGAUCGAGGUCGAGAAAGGGGAAAAGGUUCCUCUAUAUAAGCUUUGGAGGCUGAUGGAUCCCGCAACACCGACCGUUGGGCAGUCCCUGGAGAGUGUGAUGCCUGCCAAUGCUUCCUCAGAAGUGAUCAACGCCUACCUGUUCAUGGAUAUGUGCGACUUCGUUACCUAUGCUCUUCGUGAAGCUGUAGGGCACAUCCUUCAAAAUUACAAGGCGAAUGUGAAAUGGGUUCUCUACAAGCCUCGGCCUAGAUUCAUGUUGACUGAGAUGGGACAAGAAGAUCCUCCCAGGCAUUCUGUACUCACGGUCACCGACAAGAAUGGAAAGACAUACAUCAUGGACUUGACACAUCCGCAGUUCGGCUUCAGAUUACUGCUGCUUCUCGACAAAGACAUUUAUGUGAAGGAAUAUACGAACAUAAACGAGAUUCCAGAAGUAGCAGACUCGAAAUUACAGACGGAAAUGAAGGAGCUUUCAGAACAGCAUUAUGAUGGUCUUUACCAAAAGCUUCAAGAGCGCCUCACCAAAAUGGCAAAGGCAAGUGUCAGAAUCGAGAGCGCGAAAUAG